GCUGGGUUGCAACGACGUCCACAAUCGUCAUACAAAAUCAUCACAAUUAUACUAACCAAAAACAAGGAGUGUUUGAGUCGUGAGUAGGCAGUGAAUAUCUCUCCUUAUUUGACCAUAAAUAAGAGUCAACCGUUCCGGAGUUUAUUUCGUUACUUUUGCAACGUCAAGUGAUUAUCAAGAUAAAUUCAAAAUGGAGCAAAUUUUACAACAAAAGUUGGCAGAGAUCGCGUCUCACGUAGAAAAAAAAUUGGAUGAUGAAAUUGAAAAACUCGAUAAUUUAACCAUAGAUGACAUUGAGCAAUUACGAGAGCAAAGACUAAAAGAAAUGAAAAAGUUGCAUGAACAAAAGCAAAUAUGGCUGUCAAUGGGACAUGGUGAAUACCAAGAAUUAAAGGAGGAAAAAGAAUUUUUCGAUGCUUGCAAAGCUUCAAAAAAAGUGGUGUGUCAUUUUUAUAAAAAUGAUUCAGAAAGAUGCAAGAUUGUUGAUAUGCACCUGAAAAUACUUUGUAGAAAACAUUUAGAAACUCGCUUUGUGAAAUUGGAUGUGGAAAAGUCUCCAUUUUUAACAGAACGCUUGAGAAUCAAAGUAAUUCCUACAAUAGCUUUGGUGGUUGAUAGUAAAACCAAGGAUUACAUUGUUGGAUUCACAGACUUAGGCAAUUGUGAUGAUUUUUCAACUGAAGUUUUAGAAUGGAGAAUUGCACAAGCCAGUGCUAUCAAUUACAGUGGAGAUUUGCUCACUCCACCGGACAACAUCAAAAUGCAAAAAAAACCAGUGAAUAAGAAAACUAUUCGGGGAAGAGAUUCAGAUGAUUCUGAUUCAGACUAAAUACUGAAGCCAGGUUUUUU